GACGGACACCGGGGGGCCUCGCGGGGAGCUUUGCACGUCGAUGGAUCGUAGGGCCGGCGGGACGGUCCGCACCCGGAGCGAACUAAAGUUACCCCACCUAACAGGAGUCUGCUGUAUGACACGCACAAACUCAGAGCCCUUUGUGAAGUUCUUCAGAUGAUUAAUUUUGAAACAAAGAGGCAACAGCCCAGAUCAAAAAUGAAGACAAAGUCUGCCUGCUUUCAGCUAAAUACGUUGUCAACAUCCAUUUGCAUAAAUGAAAAUGUACUAGCAUUCCAAGAGCUAUUCCUGAAUGUUGAAGGCGCAGGGUUUCAGGAAGCCACACCCACUGCCUCCAGUCUCUUCUGACCCUUCAUGACCCGGGAGGCCGGAGCAGAGCUAACUGGGCCACAGGCUCUUCCAGAGGGGAACGCUUGACCCAAGUGGAUGGCCUCGUCCUGCGUUCUACCUCGGAGCAGCCGUCUAUUGUGGCACGACCAGCUCAUGUUGUUUACCGUCGGCCUUCAGUGGACACCCCUCGAGCCCCCAUCUCUCCACCUUUCAUUAUCACUGCCCCGGCUUACACCCUCAUCACCUCAUCGGACGCGAGCAAUAGCCUGCUUUCUGGUGUUCCUCCCAGAGAGGUCACCCAGUGGACCUGUGCCUGCUAUCGCUGCCAUCCUGCUGCCAGGUCCUUCUAAAACUCGCAGCAAGCAUUUGAAUCCGUUGGAGAAUUUAAAACACACACUUGAUUCUAGGCCCCACUCCCAGAGACGCUGAUGAGAAGAUUUGAGCAGAUACCUAAAGAAGUGGCUGACAUUUUUAACGCCCCCAGUGACGAUGAAGAGUUUGUUGGCUUCCGAGAUGAUGUUCCCAUGGAAACCCUCUCUGAAGAGAGCUUCAGCAGUUUCAACUCACUGGAGUUGGAGGAGAAGCAGGAUGUGCGUUUCCGUUCCACCCACUUCACGGAGAAGCUGAGGAGAAUUUUUGUGGAAGACACGGACUCGGAGAUGGAAGAUUUCAGAGGGUUUCCACAGAGCGAUCCGACUGGAAGCCGUGACUCGGAGAGCGUGGUAAUGGCUGACAGCCGGUGGGGUGGGCUGAACCGCUUUAGCAACUCCAGGGACGAGGACCAGGAGAGCUCCGAUGCCCUGCUGAAGAGGACCAUGAACAUCAAGGAAAACAAGGCCAUGCUUGCUCAGCUAUUGGCGGAAUUGAAUUCUAUGCCAGAUUUCUUCCCAGUAAGAACCCCAAGCUCCGCGCCGAAGAAGACCUCGAGGCGAGCCUUCUCGGAGGGGCAGAUCCAGCGGCGCACCAACCCCACCCGCAGUGCGCGGCCCCCCGAGAAGUUUGCGCUGGAGAACUUCACCGUCUCGGCUGCCAACUUUGCAGAAGAGCUGUACAGUUUGAGAAGAAGGAAGACCAUCAGUGGGGCGCAGUGCCAGGGCUAUAGACGGCGUCGCCGCGCCUCAUCUUUCCGGCCAGUGGAGGACAUCACGGAAGAGGACUUAGAAAAUGUGGCCAUCACUGUCCGAGAUAAAAUAUAUGAUAAAGUUCUGGGCAACACCUGCCACCAGUGUCGGCAGAAGACCAUCGACACCAAGACCGUGUGCCGGAGCCAGGCCUGCGGGGGAGUGCGUGGACAGUUCUGUGGGCCCUGCCUGCGGAACCGCUAUGGGGAGGACGUGAGAUCUGCUCUCCUGGACCCGGAUUGGAUGUGUCCUCCUUGCCGGGGCAUCUGCAAUUGCAGCUACUGUCGGAAGCGUGAUGGACGCUGUGCCACAGGGAUCCUCAUUCAUUUGGCCAAGUUUUAUGGUUACAAUAACGUCAAGGAGUAUCUGGAGAGCUUACAGAAGCAGCUCGGAGACGGCCGUUAGACACCAAGACCCACUCACCUCACCGUCGAUGCCUCCAGCGCCUGCCGUGCCCCUUGUGCCUAAGAUGAUCUCUGACCAUGGUGUUUGUAUAAGAAAGUCUCUUUAGAGUGUCUAUGUCUCAAAAGAUUUCUCAGGAAAGAGUAGAGGCAUCUAAUACAUACCUGCUUGUAUAUAUUGAAUCGCUAAAAGUAUUUACCUAUUGAGAAAAGCACAAUUUAAGGGGGG